UCACAACUUGUCGAAAGUACCCCUCCAUCCUUUUUUAUUUUGUUCAUGAACGUGAGUAAUAUCACUCAAUACCACUAGAUACAAUAGCCAAUUACUUCACAAUUAUAAAUAUGGCGGAACCUAACAAAGAAAUCCCAACGGAUCCCUCCAUCGCGCCCGGAGACGCUCCACCUGCAGGAGAAGACCCCGCACAACCCUCUAAGAAGGGAGCAAAGAAAGCAGAAGCCAAAGCGAAGAAGGAGGCAGAAAAGGCACGCAAAGCCGCUGAGCAAGCCGCCAAACAAGCUGCCGCUGGAUCUGCUGCAUCUGAAGAUCUCGCAAAAGAUAACUACGGACAAAUUAAACAUACCACAAAACUCGAAGCCGAAAGUGUACAUCUGAGGGAGAUCGGAGAACAACAUAUUGGCAAGACGAUUAAGGUUCGGGCAUGGAUUCAAAAUGCACGAAUGCAAGGAGCGAAGAUGGCGUUUGUGGAAUUGAGAGAGGAGGGCAAUUGGACGGUGCAGGGAGUUGUGAGUGCCAGCGCGGAAGGAAAGCCAGUUAGUAAACAAAUGGUCAAAUGGAUAGGAGGCUUAAAGCUGGAGAGUUUUGUUGCGGUUGAGGCUGUAGUGCAAAAGCCAUUAGAGCCGGUCAAGAGCACCAAGGUCUCAAACUUCGAAUUACAUCUCGGAAAGGUCUACUUGGUAGCUGCUGCUCCUGAGAUGUUGGGUUUGGGUUUGGGCCCAGCGAGCAGGGCUGUAGGGAAGUUAGACGAGGAAGAGGAUCUAAGUGAAGCUGCUGCAGGUAAAUUUAUAUACCGUUUUCAUUUUCAUUAUUGAGCUAACAAAUCUAUAGGGCUUAGUGUCACAGAAGGUACCCCGACUGCCAGUUUGGCCUCCCAUCUCAACAAUCCUGCUAUGCAUAAACGAGCGCCUGUCAGCCAAGCUAUUGCUGAUAUCCGAAUUGCUGUCGAGGACUACUUCUGCGAUUACCUGAGAAGCCAUCGUUUUAAAAAAUUCCAUCCUCCUUGUUUGAUCGGAGCUGCUUCCGAAGGUGGUGCAAACGUAUUCAGAAUGCCAUACUUUGAUAAAGAGGCAUAUCUCGCCCAAUCCCCACAGUUUUACAAACAAUUUGAAAUAGCUGGAGGCCGAAAGAGAGUUUACUGCGUCGGGCCUGUUUUCCGUGCAGAAAACUCAAAUACUCCCAGACACAUGACUGAGGUAAGAAAAUCAGUUUUGGAGGAUGAAAAAAUAUUAAAUAAAUGUCUAGUUCAUUGGUCUCGAUUUGGAGAUGGAAAUCGACGAACACUAUCACGAAGUUUUGCACAUGCUUGAAGGUGUCCUCCUUUUCAUUUUCCGUAACCUUGCCGAAAAUUACCGCGAAGAAAUUGAACUUAUCCGCUCAAUAUACCCAUGCGAAGAGUUCCUUCUACCCGAAGCUGGCAAGGAAGUGCGUCUCACUUUCGCCGAAGGUCAAAAACUCCUCCGCGAAGAAGGCCCCGAAGAAUUUAGAAACGUUAGCGAUACAGAAGACAUGAGCACGCCUCAAGAAAAAGCUCUCGGAGCACUCGUUCGCAAGAAGUUCAAUACUGACUUCUAUGUCCUCGACAAGUUCCCCGUCGAUGCUCGUCCAUUCUACGCAAUGCCUGACCCUGAAAAUCCUGCUGUCACAAAUGCAUAUGAUUUCAUGAUGCGCGGUCAAGAAAUCCUAAGUGGUGGUCAACGAUUGCACUUACCAGAGCAAUUAGAGGAGGUUAUUAGAUCGAAGGGGUUGGAUCCUAAUCAACCUGGUAUCAAAGAAUAUGUAGAUGUGUUUAAGAGUGUGGGUGUGCCACCUCAUGGUGGUGGAGGUAUUGGCUUGGAUAGAGUGGUGGCUUGGUACCUGAAUCUGCCAAGUGUGCAUUUGGUCUGCGAUUAUCCAAGGACACCGAAGAGAUUAAGCCCUUGAGUUCUCUCCAAUGCAUAAACCGGAACAAAACGAUAAACCUAAGGAAAUUGAUUUCUGGGUGGUUAAAUAAUGGCCUUAGGUAAAAAGAAUAGAUGAAUGAAGCAACCAUGAUACCGUAUUCAAUGGCAGGGAUCACAGCCAGACAGCCGUGAUGCAAUAAUCCCAAUCGGGAUCAAAGCAUUUCAGUUAAUACGGUGGUAACGAAGUGAGAUUCGGGCAGAUAUUUACCAAGAGAGCAACAAGCUGACAAGAGAAAUACACCAGAAGAAAUUAUAUAAAAAUCAAUUCAAAGACCUAAAAUCUCUCCUCAUUAAACUGUCCUGUGUGAUGUUUAU